UGGCUUUAUAAGCCAAUCGGUUUUCCGCCCCCUCACCUGCACUCCACGUUUUUUGUCUAAUGCCCCAAUUGUCCCUACAUGGGAUUUAAGCCAAUUAAUUCAUCGCCAUUUACAUAUACAGAUACAGCUUGACUGCACAGCUCAAAAUGGGUGGCAUCUUGAUCCAUUUGGGGGAUGCAGUCCCCACAGUGACAAUGGCCGUGGCCUAUAUCGCUGCUACUCUGGUAUUUUACCAGUUACUUGUCUGGGCCUACCAUAUAUCUCCCUUCCACCCUCUCGCUCACAUUCCUGGUCCCAAAAUUGCCAGGGUAGGCCGCCUCUAUGAAGCAUACUGGGACUGGUUGCGUGAUGGACGGUACAUGAACAAGAUUGCAGAGAUGCACGCUCAAUACGGCCCAAUCGUUCGCAUAAGCUACGAUGAGGUGCACUGCAACGAUCCAAACUUUGCCAACACCCUCUUUGGCAACCAGAACCAGGUCCGUGACAAGCCUCAGCACAUGUGCAACAUAAUAGUCUCCGGUGCGCUGCCGUACUCGACCAUCGUGACGGGACCACAAGGGCUUCACCGUGCCCGCCGCGCCCCAAUGAGUCGUUUCUUCAGCCGCGCGCAGGUCUUUCGAUUCGAGGAAGAAGUGCACCGCCUGGCCUCGGUACUUGUCGACAAGAUGCUCCUCUCGGAGCGUCGCGGCAAGUCGUUCGACGUCAGGGACGCUUUCAACUGCUUCACGGCCGACGUCGUCUUUUUGCACGCGCUGGGAAAGCCCCUCGGGUUCGUCGAGAUGCAGGAGGCCUGGACGCCAAACUUGGCAACAUGGACAGAGAUGAUGACAGACAUGGUCUACCUGAUCAAGCAUAACGCGUGGGCUAGGUGGGCGGCCAUUGUCACGCCCAAGCUGGCUGGGUUUUUCAACGCCAACGUCAAAGCGGUCAACGAGCUCAUCAACGUUACCAUUCCUGCAUUGCUCAAGUCUGCGGCGGAUGAUGUAGAGAACGACCGCAUGUUUCCAACCCUCUUGAGGGGAGGAAUGGACAGCAAGUCAAAAGUCGUUCCAGGCGCCGAGAUGGACAUGUUUCGACUUGGUGGUGAGGCGACCGUCCUCUUGACGGCGGGAACUGAGACAACAUCUGCAGCUCUAGCCAUCAUCACAUACCAUAUCCUCGCGCGACCCGAAGUCAAGGCCGCCCUGGCAGCAGACCUCGCCGGGUUGGACCCCACCGAGCUCAAAUGGACCGAACUUGAACGGCGCCCCUACCUCUGGGCCCUUAUCCACGAGGCACUCCGUCAUAGUCCACCCAUCGCCGCCCGGUCGAGCCGCAUCGCGCCCCUCGAGGACCUGGUGUAUAUUCCCCGCGGCGGCGACAAGUCGGCAGACGUGGCGAAGCCUCUAAUCAUCCCCCGCGGCUUUACCGUCGCCAUGUCGACUAUAACGUGUCAUUACGACCCGGAAAUCUUCCCAGACCCGGCAGUAUUUCGUCCCGAGCGGUGGUUGGUGCGAGAUAGCGACGGAAAGGUGAUUGGAAACAACGAAGAGUUGAAGAAGUCUCUGAUCACAUUUGGAAAAGGCAGCCGGGCUUGCAUUGGAGAGAACCUCGCCAUGUGUGAGCUCUUCAUCAUGACUGCCAUGAUGGCUCUUUGUGUUGUUCCCCGGGCUCGCUUGGACGACAGAAUGACUGACGAUUACGUGACAUAUGAUCAUGAAAAGCUCACGCUGCAGACCAUAUAUGGUAAUGUCGCCACACAUAUAGUUGUCUCGUGAGCUUUUGUUACAUGCAGUUGCGAAAUGCUAGGGAAACUUGUGAGAACUGGGGAGCCUGCAUUCGAGACAUUUGCAUGGACUAGCAAUGAUGAAAUAAUGCAUUAUGUCGAAAAGAAGUUUGGCUUACCACGCAACAACAGACUAUCUACGACUACGAAAAGAAAAGACAUGUGAAGAGCUGACUAGAAAAUUAAAUCUUGUGAUUUGU